UUAAUGCUUUCUUCUUUAAUCAGUGAUUUCUGCUUUUCUUAAAAGAGCCUCACCUGCCCUAUUAAUCGUGUCUCCAUAUAGAGAAAUAAAUAUGCUAAAUACUAUUUAAAAAGUAGAUGUAGAUGUUGCUCCCUGAGUUUAGAGUAUUAAUUAAAUCUUCAUUGAUUAUUGGGCCAGUUGUUAUUAGACUAUCUUGACUCUUAACUUGAGGGAGAAAUGUAACAUGUUUGCAUUAGAUAGAGUAACAGUGUGCCUCAGUUAGUUUCCUGUAAAAUGGGAAAAACAGUACUUCCCUGGAUUAAGAUAAUGAGAGCUUACAUCAGGAGUCUUCUCUAGCCCUAGCAUUCUCAGGCUCCCCUUCUCAGUUUGGAUAUCCAGUCAAUCCAUCAAGUUUGUGAUAAACCAAAGCUGAGAGAUUUCACCCAGCAAGUUAGUGGUAGACAUGGCAUUAUUAUUCCAGUGCUUGACUCAAGGCUCAUGUUAUCUUUACUUUUCACCACCUACAUUCUCAUCAUAAGAUGUUUAUCUUUUUGUCUUUCAUAGAGUUUGUAAGGCCUUUGUAAUUACAAAAUAGUCAAUUGUUCUUUGUCCAGCUCUGAUUUACCCUUAUUUCUACUUGUCCAGAUGAUGCCUGACCCAAGGGAGACUGAGUGAGCCCAUCAUGCUUUUCCUCUCACUGUGGAUCACAUGAGUACUGAAGAUGCCAUGUGGACUGAGAAUUUUUAAUCCUUUCUUGGUAUUACAAUUUAAGGAAAACUUCUUGCCAGCAAAUCUAUGAUAAAAAAUAUAAGUAACAGAGGAAACUAUAACUGUUAUUUGUCAAGUGACAAGCUUUUAAUGUCAGAAUGGCUCAUGUAAAGCGACUAGUAAAAUUACACCUUAAAAGACAUUACCAUAAAAAGUUCUGGAAGCUUGGUGGAGUAAUUUUUUUCUUUAUAAUAUUUUUGAUUUUAAUGCAAAGAGAAGUAAGUGUUCAAUAUUCCAAAGAGGAGUCAAGGAUGGAAAAAAACAUGAAAAACAAAAACAAGGUGUUAGAUUUAAUGCUAGAAGCUGUAAACAAUAUUAAAGAUGCAAUGCCAAAAAUGCAAAUAGGAGCACCUGUCAGGCAAAACGUUGAUGCUGGUGAGAGACCUUGUUUGCAAGGAUAUUACACAGCAGCAGAAUUGAAACCCGUUCUUGAUCGCCCACCUCAGGAUUCUAAUGCACCUGGUGCUUCUGGUAAAGCAUUCAAGACAACCAAUUUAAGUGUUGAAGAGCAGAAGGAAAAAGAACGUGGAGAAGCAAAACACUGUUUUAAUGCUUUUGCAAGUGACAGGAUUUCUUUACACCGAGAUCUUGGACCAGACACUCGACCUCCUGAAUGUAUUGAACAAAAAUUUAAGCGCUGUCCUCCCCUGCCUACUACUAGUGUCAUAAUAGUUUUUCAUAAUGAAGCGUGGUCCACACUGCUUAGAACUGUCCACAGUGUGCUCUAUUCCUCACCUGCCAUACUGCUGAAGGAAAUCAUUUUGGUGGAUGAUGCUAGUGUAGAUGAGUAUUUACAUGGUAAACUAGAGGAAUAUAUAAAACAAUUUUCUAUAGUAAAAAUAGUCAGACAAAGAGAGAGAAAAGGUCUGAUCACUGCACGGUUGCUAGGAGCAACAGUAGCAACAGCUGAAACGCUCACAUUUUUAGAUGCUCACUGCGAGUGUUUCUAUGGUUGGUUAGAGCCUCUGCUGGCCAGAAUAGCAGAGAACUACACUGCCGUCGUGAGUCCAGAUAUUGCAUCCAUAGAUAUGAACACGUUUGAAUUCAACAAACCUUCUCCUUAUGGAAGUAACCAUAACCGUGGAAAUUUUGACUGGAGCCUUUCAUUUGGCUGGGAAUCACUUCCUGAUCAUGAGAAGCAAAGAAGGAAAGAUGAAACCUACCCAAUUAAAACACCCACUUUUGCAGGAGGCCUUUUUUCCAUAUCAAAAGAGUAUUUUGAAUAUAUUGGAACUUACGAUGAAGAAAUGGAAAUCUGGGGAGGUGAAAAUAUAGAAAUGUCUUUCAGAGUAUGGCAAUGUGGUGGGCAGUUGGAGAUUAUGCCUUGCUCUGUUGUUGGACAUGUUUUUCGCAGCAAAAGCCCUCAUUCCUUUCCAAAAGGCACUCAGGUGAUUGCUCGCAACCAAGUUCGCCUUGCAGAAGUCUGGAUGGAUGAAUACAAGGAAAUAUUUUAUAGGAGAAACACAGAUGCAGCAAAAAUUGUUAAACAAAAAUCAUUUGGUGAUCUUUCAAAAAGAUUUGAAAUAAAGCACCGCCUUCAAUGUAAAAAUUUUACAUGGUAUCUGAACAAUAUUUAUCCAGAAGUAUAUGUGCCAGACCUUAAUCCUGUUAUAUCUGGAUAUAUUAAAAGCUUUGGUCAGCCUCUAUGUCUGGAUGUUGGAGAAAAUAAUCAAGGAGGCAAACCAUUAAUUUUGUAUACGUGUCACGGACUUGGGGGAAACCAGUACUUUGAAUACUCUGCUCAACAUGAAAUUCGGCAUAACAUCCAGAAGGAAUUAUGUCUUCAUGCUGCUCAAGGUCUCGUUCAGCUGAAGGCAUGUACCUACAAAGGUCACAAGACAGUUGCCACUGGAGAACAGAUAUGGGAGAUCCAGAAGGAUCAACUUCUAUAUAAUCCAUUCCUAAAAAUGUGCCUUUCAGCAAAUGGAGAACAUCCAAGCUUAGUGUCAUGCAAUCCAUCAGAUCCACUCCAAAAAUGGAUUUUUAGCCAAAAUGAUUAAGUGUUCCUUAAAAUUAAGGAGUUGAAAAAGGAGAUAUUCUUUCUGAUAAAACUGUGACUAGGCAUACACUGUAGUUUUUGAAAAUUAUGCAAAAGCAGCUAAUUAUAACUUAUUCCAAGUGCAUUUUUCUUAUUUAUAUCUUAAAAUGUCUAUGUAGCACUGCUACAGAAAUCCCUUAAGUUUCCGUUUCAAAGCACAAUAGCUAAUAAUACCAAAGACUAUUUUGAAAUAUCCAGAUGUAGGGGAAGAGAUGUUUACAGUAUGAUGAAAGUAAUUUUCCAAAUAAACUGAUAUUUGUGUGUUUUGUACACUUGAGGAUAUGCAUAGCUACCUUCACACACUGAUGAUUUAAAAUAUUUCUUCUAGUUUUUUGGGGGGUGGGAGAAAGAUUUGAUACUGUAUUUUUUUAACUACAUAGAAAUGGAUCAAUGAAGGUCAAACAUUGGCUUUUGUGCACAAACCAGGAAAUUUUUAUAGAUCUAGAAUUUAUUAUAUAAAAAUACAGGUAAACUUAUUUUGCCUUAUGUUUCCUUAAACAUGAAAUUAAAUGAAUAAGGAGAAGAAUAUUUUUAACAUUUCACUUUCUUGGCAAAUUUUACAAUAUUUUUUAGUCUGAAGCCCACUUGACCUGAAGCACUUAAGUCUUCCUUAAAAGACAUUUCUUAAAUAACUAUACUGUGUGUUUUCCCAAAGCAAUUAAAAAACAAUUUAUAAGUUACUGUCUAUUGAAAAGUUGUCCUUUUCCUUUCUCCUAGUCUUUUUUCUUGUCAAAAUUCACCAAUCUUGAAUGUUUGUGAAAUUGAAUUUCAAAUGCAGAAUACCUGACUCAUUUAAAGCUAAAUUUUAUAUGUUACUGUUUCAGUUAUAGAUUGUCUUGGUAAUGAAUUUUUUCUCAUCAAAAAAAUAUUUCUUAUUUCUAUCUAUUUGGAAAACACAAUAAAACAAAUCCUUUUCACUAUUGGAAUUAAGAUUUUUUCUUUUUUGGAUAAAAUAUAUAAUUGAUAAUAGGUGGGGGAAGCAUGAAUUUUGUACACUGACUUUCUAAGCACCGAUUGUAGAGCCGUCAGAUGUUUCUUAAGGACAAUUCAAACAUUUGAUAGUAAUGACAUAAAAAAUGGGGACUGGAGAAGAGUCUAUGUUAGAUAUUUAGAAAAUUUUGUACUAAUUUCUGAUAACUUUCCUUGACAUAUGAUAGGGUAAUUUUUUAAAGAUGUGUCGCUUACUUAGGAGAUUUAACACUUUUUUCUUUUUGGUCAUUUUAUAUAUAGAUCUCUUGUAUUCUUAUUUAAAAAGUAAAGUAUAUUGGCUUUUUACUUUAAGCUGGGAGAGCCUCAAUUGUAAAAAAGAAAAUAUUUUUUAAUUAUUGGCCCCAUCUUCUCGUUGUUUGUAACUUUGAACUUGCAUUAAAACGAAACUGCAUUCUUUAAUUUAUUACAAUGCCAAUUUUUAUUUCAAUUCAACUAACAUUUAUUGUGUUUUUAACUUUGUGCCAGGAGUUAUGGUAAGCAGAGUAAGACUUAUAUUGCCUUUGAGCUGAGGUCUAAUGGAGUAGAAAGAUAAAUAAUUUUAAAAUAGCAUAGUGAGUGACAUUAUGAUGUUAUAUUUUAUGAUGCAGAUGACAGCUCAUUAUUCAUAUUUAAUACUUCUUUAAUAAGUAAAGAUAUUUCUUUAUUACUAUAGCUGAUACUAGUAUGUAUUGUGAAAGAUACACUAGUGCCCACUUACAUGUACAAUUUCUGUUUUCUCAAUUUGUUACUCUAGAGUGAACAUCCGGGAAUAAAUACUGCUCUUAGAGUUUGUCAUACCUCACAAAAUAAAACAAAUU